CAACCUUGCACUACUAAAACCGUUAAACUGGCAAUUUUUUCAGUUAUUUCAUCAGAUAUUAUCCUCUGUGGUAGUGGCGGUAGUUAGAGACCAGUGACUUACUUAUACCAAGGCAUAUCCAUUAUAGUAUUAUUAUUGACCAUAAUAAUAUCAUAUUAGCUUGUCGCAUUAAAUAACCAACUUGGCAGUGAUAACAUAGGCCUACUACUUAGUCUUUAUUCGUGUGGAUUAGGCCUAAUGUGUGACAGUUUCGGAUACAGAUAGGGCUAUCACUGAUUACUGCUGAAACGUUAAAAAUGGCUAACCAUUUUAGUGCAGAAUUGUCGAAUGAAAUCAGUAAAUGGAUGGAGUGGGAUAAAAACGAGAAAACCAGGACCGAAAUCCAACAACUUGUCGAUGCCCAUGACGCCCAGGAACUUAAAACAAGGAUGAUGUCACGGAUUGAAUUUGGAACUGCAGGAAUGCGAGCUAGAAUGGCUGCAGGAAAUUCUGUGCUGAACGAUCUGACAAUCAUCCAAGCGACUCAAGGCCUGACAAAACAUUUACUGGCUAGUUGUGCAGGUGCCAAGAAGAUGGGGGUUGUCGUGGGGUUUGAUGCACGUUACAACAGUCAACGUUGGAGCGAACUAACAGCUGCUGUGUUAAUCAGCCAGGGAGUUCCCGUCUUUCUCUACUCCCGAAUCUGCCCUACGCCUUAUGUCCCAUUUGCUGUCAAACAUUAUGGAGCCGCCUGUGGCAUCAUGAUCACCGCAUCUCACAACCCAAAAGAGGAUAAUGGCUACAAGGUUUACUGGACAAACAGCGCUCAAAUUAUAUCUCCAACGGAUAAAGAAAUUUCCAAAGCAAUUCGAGAAAAUCUCGCUCCUUGGGAGGACUCUUGGAACACCGAACUGGCGCAGACUAAUUUACGGAAAGAUCCUUACGCAGAAAUUUACCAAAAGUAUAACGAACGACUUUUGACAACCUGUAUCAGCAAAGCCAGCAAUAGCAGCGCACCAACUCUGACCUACACUGCCAUGCACGGUGUAGGCUAUCAUUAUAUUCAAGAGGCUUUCAGAGUUGCGGGAUUUGCUCAACCGAUCCCAGUCAAAGAGCAAGUAGAACCUGAUCCUGAUUUUCCUACAGUCAAGUAUCCGAAUCCAGAGGAGGGCAAAGGAGCAUUGUUGUUGUCCAUGAAAACGGCAGAACAAAAUGACAGCCGUGUAAUCCUCGCAAAUGAUCCCGAUGCCGACCGUUUAGCGAUAGCCGAGCAACAACCCAAUGGUGAAUGGAAAAUCUUUACUGGUAACGAAAUUGGUGCUUUGCUAGGAUGGUGGUGCUGGCAAAGAUUUCGAAAGCAAAACCCAGACGUCCCUUCUUCUGAUGUAUACAUGCUGGCAAGCACAGUUUCUUCUAAAAUAUUACGGUCAAUCGGUGAUGUGGAGGGUUUCAAUUUUAUAGAAACUUUGACUGGUUUUAAAUGGAUGGGCAACAAAGCUUUUGAAUUGAUGGGAAAUGGAAAACAUGUGCCAUUCGCUUUUGAGGAAGCUAUUGGUUUUAUGGUUGGAACCGAAGUUUUGGACAAAGACGGGAUAUCAGCUGCUGUCAAUGCAGGGGAGCUUGUGAACGAACUGUACAAAAAUGGUUCCUCUUUAACCCAACAGUUAAAGGAGAUUUAUUCCAAAUAUGGCUAUCAUCUUUCCAGUAAUUCCUAUUUCAUCUGUCAUGAUAAAAACACCAUUAGAAAAAUGUUUGAAAAUAUCCGAAACUCAGGCAAAUAUCCAACAAGCUGUGGACCUUAUAAGAUUCGACACGUGAGGGAUCUAACAGACGAGGGUUACGACAGUUCUAAACCAGAUUUCAAACCGGAUCUUCCUACAUCCAGUAGUCAAAUGAUUACCUUUACGUUUGAGAACGGGUGCGUUACGACUCUACGAACAAGUGGUACGGAACCUAAGAUUAAGUACUACACCGAGCAUGUUCCGGACAAGAGUAAAGGAAUGGAUAAAGAAGAAGCGACAAAUGAACUCAAUGAUAUCGUGGAAAAUAUUAUCAAACAUUUCUUCCAGCCGGAGAAAAAUGGUCUUAUCCCUAAAUCGGAUUAAACCGUUAUCUUUCUGAGAUCUUUUUGAACACAGUUCUAAUCUAAUGCUUGAAAUAAAGAUCAUUUAUUUUGGAGCUUUAUAUAUAUUUGUUUGUGCAUAUAAAGGAAACUUAUAGUUAUUUGUACUAUCCCAUUUAAUAGUAACAAAACCGAAGAAGAAAUGAAAUAAUGAUAAUUAGAUUGUAGCGAUUUUAAACUUGUAGAUUUUGUUAUGAUAAUAAUUAAUUUAUAAUAUCAUUGUUAUGUAUAAAUGAAUGUUCUGUAUAAUUUUGUUACGUCAGAAAUUGGGAAAAUAAACCAUUGAAUUC